CUAGAGAGGGCGUUUUCAUAUUGCGCGAAAUUUGAACAGAACAGUCAACAAGUUUUGAGUAAACUGUGACCGAGAUGGAGUGUCAUACACUAAAUGAAUUGAAAACUCAUUUUGAGGUUAAGCUCACCAGUCUAGCAACAUGCAUGGAUUUGGUUUCUAUUGCAUCAGAGCCUUAUGGAGUGAGAUCAGAAUGCCAUGAGCAGUUAAACAUGAUGGAAAGGGACCUGUGUGAUGCUGAGUCAGCUGUGGCAAGGAUCAGAGAAUGGGUCAAAGAACACCAAGGAAAACUGCAGGCAGCACAGGUGUUAUAUGAGAACCUGAAAGAAUUGAACAGUCGCCUCUCUCACAUGCAGCACAACCUCCCAGAGAGACUCCCAGCUAAUCACCAACAUGUUCAAAGACAACCCAGUCAAGAAAAUCAUCUCCCUCUUCAAUCCAAACCUGUAAUUGAGAACACCAAUCAGAAUACAAGACAUGGAAGCUCUACGUCGACAAAGCCUGUAAAACCUCCUCCAGCACCCAUCAUGGAUCUAGUCACUGUACCCGAGUUUGAAGAUGCUCCAAAAUACAUGAAAGGACGGAUGACAUACGAUAACAUCAACGGAGCGGUGGAAGGCUUCAACACAGCUAUGGAGGUCAAGUACAGACUGAUGAAGCGCCCUCGCUCUGCGCUGAAUGACAGGGACAGGAAACAGUACCAGAAAUACAAGGAACAGGAGAACAAGAAUACAAAAGGAACAUUCUUUGUGACGGAGGAUGACCUGCGGAGACACGGCAGCCUGAAGAUGGAUUCCACAGCGAGGGCAGCGCUCACCAUCCUGAGGCAUUGUGGGAGGAUGCGGGAAAUAAGGGGCGGUGGGCUCAUUAGAUAUGUAGUCAUCCACUGAGUCCUGAACUCAAUUUCAUUCAAGAUGACAUCUAGUGAAGCAUAUCAUAGUGGCCAUCUCUGUACGAAUAGACCUAUAUUGUGAAAUACAGAACAUCUCUUUCAGUGCCCAUAGACACACUUGCGCGCAAAGUCUAUGGAGGGUAAAAAUGACACUGAUGCCUUCCAUGAAAAAAGUGCUACUAGGCAGAGUAAAUGAGAGGGUCCAGUUUAACGUUAAUGCCAUGAAUUUACCUGUCCAAAAAGAUCAUGGCUAAGUCGGACUCCUUCACCCAGGUCUGAGCCCUGUUUCAUAAAACGUUUUAUCAAUAACAACUGCCACCAAGCCAAUCAAGUGUAACAAUUUCACUAGCUCAUAACAUUUUGUAUCUUGUUAUUGAAAACAAGUUUUAUGAAAUGGGGUCAUGAUGUUUAUUUGAACCUUUGCAGAAAGAACUAUCUGAGAGAGUAAACUAUCUUAAUCAUAUCUGAAUGUAGUGUGUAUGCAUGCUUAGGCCUUUAAAAAAAGAAAGAUGUUGUAUUGCCCUUUAGGUGCCAAAACAGAAAUCUUUUUUUUUUUUUUCCUUCUUUUAAAUUUUAAAACUCCCUCUUUGGGCUGGUAUUUCUCAGUUUUGAAUGCCUAAUACCUUUUUUUCCUAUAAAACGGUAUCAAACAAAAAAUUUUUUUUUAAAGCUUACCAUCAACUUUAAAAUUUUUGGGUCGGUCGCAAAGGGCAAUACAACAUCUUUUUGGGCCUUAUUAUGAAGGUUAGGUCAUAUCUCAGCGUUGUGUAUAAAGAUUAAAACAUUUCUUUCACAUACAUGUAAUGGUUAUCAUCGAUAGAAUUGAUUUAACCAAACAUGUGUAGAUGAUGUUUCUUUCAAAUGACUGCACAUCUCAAAAUGAUGAAUUGAAAAUGAUUUUUCUGUUGAUGUUUUGAAACAACUGGCAAAAUUUUUUAUAGGCAAUAUUCCAAUAAAACAUUUUAGAAAUAAUCCAAAACGGAGGUUUAUCAUUGGUAUUCUCUAAACCAUGCAGUUUUCACUAAUGAAAUGUUGUGUUAACUAUCAUUGGAUACAUUACAUAAUAUUUAAAAACUCAUAGACUGUUAUAUAUUGGUAAAUAAUUCCAAUAAAGUCCAACCUUGACUUUUUGUUCUUCCUAAUCAAAGCUAGUUAUUAAAUAUAUAUUUUUGUAAAGAAGUUGAAUCAUUUAUUAAUUUGGCCUAGAAUGUAAGGUGCAACACUCUUUGAAAUUUUAAGAAGAUUGAAGAAGAUUGACAAACAUUUCAUAUGGGAAUUUUUUUUUCUUCAAUUUUUGAAAUUAAAGAUUCUCUCUGUGCCUGUUAUGAAUAACCUUAAAAUCUCACAUAUGAUUGUGAAUAGCUAAGCAGUUUCAAAGAAAUUUCAUACAAUUUUCAUUACCUAUGUAACCUUGCUUCCAAUCUCCUUCUGGACUAGUAUCAACUGUAUUUUCAGAACUCAAUACCUCUAAAGUAUAUAAAUUUUACGUAAUUGACAA